AUGGAGUCGGCCGCGCUGGUGGCAUCUGGGGCGUUAAGGGCCCGGGGGGCGUGUCUGAGACCCCUGUGCAGGAAUUUUGCCCGCGGAUCCUGUCAACGGGGCCAGAACUGCCGCUUCUCGCAUGACAGAAAGUCAGCCCAGAUCUGCAGGUACUUCCAGAGUGGGUUUUGCAGCUACGGAGAGCAGUGCAGCUACCAGCACAUCCAAGAGGAGCCGGUGCCAGUGGGGACCCGCUGCAGCCCUGUGCCCCGCAGCCGCUGGGGCUCGGAGCCCAGGAGUGUGCCUGUGGCAGUGUCCCGGGGCUGGGGGGGAGCCUGGCGCAACUCGGCCCACCCUGUCCCCAGCGUGAUGCAUGUGGCCUUCAAGUUCCCGAGUGUGGAGGUUGAGGAGGAAGAGAAAGACAAGGAGAACAUCCCAGCACCUGACAACAUCCCCCAUGGGGCUGUUGGCGGAGAAUUUGUCCCUGCACGAGCUCGGCGUGCCUCAGGUUCCCAACUGCAAGGGCUGGGGCUGGAUCCAAAUUCUGCUGACCUCAGAAAGGCAGCGGAGGAGACAGUGACAUGGACUGACCCUGCAGAGGUCGCCACAGAGUCGGGCACUGCGGCAGCCCUGGUCUCUACCGCGGUGCUGACGGCCCGGAGCGAGGCUGUGGUGUGUGGCAUCUGCAUGGACCGGGUGUACGAGAAGCCACUGCCAGAGGAGCGGCUCUUUGGGAUCCUCCCGAACUGCAGCCACGCAUACUGUGUGGGCUGCAUCCGCAAGUGGCGUUGCAGCCGGGACUUCCAGAGUGUGGUCAUUAAGGCCUGCCCAGAGUGCCGGGUCACCUCCAGUUACUACAUCCCCCACAAAUACUGGGUCUCGGACGUGGGUGAAAAGGAGAAGCUCAUCGAAACAUUCAAGGCACGGACAGGGAAAAUCAGGUGCAAGUUCUUUGUCCGGAAUCGUGGCCGCUGCCCAUUCAAGUCAGACUGCAUCUACCUGCACGAGCUGCCUGCCGGCUGGCUGCCACAGUACAGGCAGCAGCGGCCAAGGAUGCCUGUUGAGUUCAGCCCUUCUCCCUCGGAGAGCUCUGACGAGGAGGAUGAGGAGCUCUGCAUGCUUGAAUGGGCUCUCACGCUGGCCCUGAUGGAGACAGACUUUCGAUACUCAAGUUAUGGCUACGAGAUGCUCUUCACUGACUUCAGCAACUCUGACUGA